AUGACUGACAAUAGUCCUGAGGAUAGCUCCCGAUUCGGACUGCAGACACGACGCCUGCCAAACGAGCGGAUGAAAGACCGGUCUCCUUGCAUUCGUGCUAACGGGAACUUGUUGCAGCACGAGGCCAACAAGGACAACUUUACGAGAACACUCGGCGGAGCAUUCGUUCAGUUCGAAUCCGGUGCUCGUGUGGGCAAGAUUCGCCUACCAAGCGAUUUCUCUGCUGCCCGCAUCCACGGGCUGCCACGAAACACCUCCCCCGAUGCCGUCCGGGACAUGCUUGCCGCCCUCGAGCUUCAUGCCAAUGUCGAUAAUAUACGUAUUUUGCGUUUGGAGAAUGGUUGCGCUGCGGUGGUCCAAUCCGAUGAGGCCUCGUUUUCGAAACGGCUCUGCGCCCUGAUCGGAGCAAGCUACACAUGGCGAGAUGCAACCCUGUCUGCAACACCGGUAGCCGCGCCUAUGCCAUCGGGCUAUAGCGGCUGCCGCGUAGACUGCAAGAAGAUACAUUUGUCCUGGCAUAAACCAUCCCGAACUGUCUGGUUGAAUUUUGGCAAUGGUGACAUUGCCCAGAGGGUAAGCCGCAAGUUCUCGAAAGGAACGUAUCUAGUCUUGGAUCAAAAAGUCGCCGCCUCCGACGCGGUCAGAGCAGAGACGGCUUCAAGGUUUCAUUCAACAAACCCUGUAGCAUGGACCGUUGCACUAAAUGAUGUCCCUGCUGUAGCAACAAGGGAGGCCAUUUUGCAGGCGAUAAGAGAGGAGCGCGAUAAGCCCCGGCAUGUGGAAAUAGGCCCCCCAACCUACGUGACCGACCUUGAACAGGCCGCGACAGUUGUGCGAUCGCUUCUGACGGGUAUUGGACCCCUCGAGUACUGGGAGACGACGCUGGAGACGACGUCCAGACGGGUCAAGGCAGCUGCACGAUUCCUGGACGAGUCAGACGCACGGGAAGCCGCGAACAAACUCGCAAACACUGCGCUUCCGUUCAACCGCAAGGCACGUUUGACAGUGAAGAGUGUCUACUCGGCCAAGUUCAAGGUUGGCUGUGCCGUGUACGACGCGGUGCAUGCCAGGAUCGCUGCGCAGGAGAAUGCAUGGCAAGAAGGAAAUGUCUGGUUCAAGGCAUACAAAAGUGCGGACGUCUUGAAGCGAUUUCGAGUUUUGAAGAUUGAAGCUGAAUUGGCCGACAAGGUGGCUCGUACCAAAGCCGAGCUCGAGGAAAUCCUUGCUGGUGUUGUCGUCAAGGACGGCGAUGGUGUCCUUUGGGACACGUCGCUCAAAGCGAAUGGCCAGCUGUACCAGGCCAUAAAGAAAGUUGAGAAAGAACUGAAAGUCAUCGUCAUCAGAGACAAGAUCAAGUCCGAGCUGCGUCUGUACGGCGACGAGGGCCGAUGUGCGAGGGCGCAAGUUCGACUGGCCGAGGUGCUGCGUGCCGAGCUGCAGCGCACGUCUGCGCGCACCAUUGAACUCGGCCUUGAACAAUUCGGCUGGGCAUGCCGCGGGGGCUUCAAAGCCAUUGUGUCUCGACUCGGCGCCGACAAAGUGUCGUUUGACAUUGUGUCGAUGCCGAAGAAGAUGAUUAUCUCCGGCUCGCUGGAGGACUAUGACGUGGCAGUCGCCGCCAUCACUGACGGCGCAGAACAAGUUCUCGAUCUGGACACGCAGCCGCAAUGCAGCGAUGCGGGCGAGGCAUGCUCCGUCUGCUGGACCGACGCUGAUACGCCCGUCAGGAUUCGCUGCGGCCACAUCUACUGCCUCGAAUGUUUCCAGCACAGCUGUGACGCGGGGGCCGUUGGUGAGACGUUGGGCAUCUUCUGCCACGGCAACCAAGGAACGUGCCACAGCCCAGUAGCUAUUGACGACUUGCGGGACAAUCUCUCCUCGGCCAUUCUCGAGAGACUACUGGAGCGCUCCUUUGCGGUCUACGUAAAACAUCACCCCGACGAGUUGCGCUACUGCCCAACCCCCGACUGCGGGUACAUAUACAAGGUCACCUCCAAGGCACAGUCGCAGCACUGUCCGAAAUGCCUCCAGACGACCUGCUCGGCCUGCCACGAGCCGCAUGUCGGCAUGUCGUGCGCCGACCACCGGGAGAUUGCGUCUGGCAACCAUGCGGCGUUUCUGAAGCUGAAGGAGGCGUUGAACAUCAAAGGCUGCCCCAGGUGCAAAACGCUUUUGGAAAAGACGCAGGGCUGCAACCACAUGACGUGCAGCGUCUGCCAAGCGCACAUAUGCUGGGUCUGCAUGAUGGUGUUUCGCGAGGCGGGUGCGGUGUAUGCGCACAUGAGCAAGCUGCAUGGAAGCCAUGUGGAUAUUCAGCAGUAG